AUGGCUUCAGAAGAAGAUUGUCCAGUUUGGAUAAGUGAUGAUGACCCAUUUGUGGUGGUCACAGAUCCUCUUGAUGGUUCCCGAAAUAUUGAUUCAUUUAUUCCUACUGGAACAAUUUUUGGGAUAGAUAACCACCUUGUUGAAUUAGAUCAUUUGCCCAAGGGAGAGAAGACAAUGCUGAAUUCAUUUCAGAGUGGAUUGAAGCUUGUAGCUGUUGUCCAUGUUCUCUAUUCAUCGGCCUCCAUACUAUACACCAGUUUUGGUUUAGGAACUCACACAUUCACCCUUGAUCAUUCAACAGGAGACUUUAUUCUCAUGCAUCCAAACAUUAAAAUUCCUCCACGAGGGCAAAUCUAUUCUGUAAAUGAUGCAUGA